CUAACAAACCGGUCGUAAUAAAAAUUCUUUAUAAUAUCAAAUUAAAUUACAUGGUUUUAUAAAGUCAGGAUAACUCCAUGAAAUCGAUAAUAAAUCGAAUGGGGAAAAUUAACGGUUUGAACAAGUUCCGCAAGCCCCUGGCAUAUCUUCCAGGUCUCUUGGUACUGUCACUUGGCUUAUAUAUCGUGAUUGACCAGCCACAUAUCCGUUUCAUAACCAAUCGAAUACACGAGAUUGUUCAGCUGCGGGAAGAAAAUGAUAAUUACCGCGUGUUCCUCAAACUCACGGUUUUUUUUCGCGUUUGGCUCUUCGAGGUGACUAAUCCUGAGGCUGUGAUGGCAGGUGACAAUCCGUCGUUGAGGGAAAUUGGACCAUUUGUCUAUGAUUUACACAUUGAAAAACAUGUUAUUCGGGUCGACGAGGCUGCUGACGAGAUCAAUUUCACCGUCACUAAAACGUACUUCUUCAAUCAGAAAGAGUCUGGGGAUUUGACAGAAGAUACAGUCGUCACUGUUUUGAAUUUCGCUUAUUUGGGAACUAUACAGAAGAUAAUAAGUUUGGCGGCGACAUUCCUGAAGAAAAUAGGUCCAAUCAUCCACCAAAUAUUUCCUGGCGUAGUGAGUCCCUUUCUGACAGCCAAAGCAGGGGAGAUCAUCUUCUCAGGUCUUCCCCUGGACUGCACAAAUGUCGACAAGGCUCUCAACUUAAUUUGCAAUGUACUAAAGGGAAAUCCCCCACCUCUGUUGAAAAAAACCGACACACCUGGUCUCUUCUUGUACAGUCUCUUCUACCGGGUGAAUGGGACAGUCCAGGGCCCAUUCACUGUCAAUCGAGGGAUUAAAAAUAUUUACAGCUUGGGUAACACAACUUCGUUCAAGAACAUGAGGGUAACUAAUUACUGGGCCAAUGAGACUUGCAACGUCGUCAGGGGUACUGAUGCCAUUACUUGGCCGCCAAUGCCUAAAAAAUUAUCAAAGAUUCAAGGCUACGAACCGCAGUUAUGUCGAUCCUUGAACCUUUCCUUCAUGAAAGAAGUGAUGUUGAAUACAUUGAUGGGCUAUCAAUAUAAAUUGACCGCGGACGUGUGGAAUCAGAAGGACAUGGAGUGCUACUGUCCGAGGAAUAAAAAGAAAGUAAUGGAGUGUUUACCCUCCGGUCUGAUGGACAUCGACAAGUGUCAGGAGGUCCCAGUAAUUUUCUCCGAGCCCCACUUCCUCCACGCCUCCUCGGAGCUUCUCGACUACGCUCAAGGUCUCCAUCCCAGCGAGGAAAAACACAAGACAUUCAUAGUGCUUGAUCCGUUAACAGGAGCUCCCAUAUCAGGUUCCAAAAAAAUCCAACUCAACAUGAAGAUGUCCAGCAUCCCAACGGUGCCAUGGUUUACAAACGUGUCAGACGGUUACUUUCCACUUCUCUGGGCUGAGGAGGUAAGUCCGUCCACUCCGUCCAUAUCUACUCACACAACUCCACGUCUAAAAUCCUCCAUUUCCCUCGUCUCAUUGUGCACUAGCUCAUCUAGCAUUGCUCAAUCUAAGAUUCACGAAUAG